UUGGUUAUAAAAUAAAUGUAUUUCUUCAAACCUUUACAGAGAAUUGUGUGGGUCUUUUGGAAUCUGCAAACUCACUGUCUGUCACGGUCCUUUCCAGUUGGUGCACUGAAUGUGGAAUUUUCCCAGCCUGUGAAUCUUGAGGAAGCUGAGAGGAUAAACCCUAAAGUGAGAGAAGGAGGCCGAUAUGCUCCAGAAGACUGUAAAGCACUUCAGAAAGUAGCAAUCAUCAUACCAUUCAGGAACCGUGAUGAGCAUCUGAAGUACUGGCUGUAUUAUCUCCACCCAAUCCUUCAAAGGCAACAGCUUGACUAUGGAGUGUAUGUCAUCAAUCAGGGUGGAGAAGAAACCUUUAAUCGUGCUAAACUUCUGAACAUAGGCUUCAAAGAAGCUUUGAAAGAAUAUGACUAUGGUUGCUUUGUAUUUAGUGACGUAGACCUAAUUCCAAUGGACGACAGAAACAUCUACAAGUGUUACAGCCAGCCACGGCAUCUUUCUGUAUCGAUGGAUAAGUUUGGAUUUCGCUUACCGUACAAUCAGUAUUUCGGAGGUGUGUCUGCGUUAAGCAAGGAGCAAUUGGUAAAAAUCAAUGGAUUUCCUAAUAAUUACUGGGGCUGGGGUGGUGAAGAUGACGACAUUUAUAACCGGCUGUUUUUUAAAGGUAUGAGAAUAUCUCGCCCAGAUGCUGUAAUUGGGAAGUGCCGAAUGAUUCGCCUCAGAGACCGUAAUAAUGAACCCAACCCACAGAGGUUUGACAGAAUUGCUCACACAAGAGAGACAAUGAAUUCGGAUGGCUUAAAUACGCUGUCAUACAAGGUAGUGAAAACUGAGAAAUACCCACUGUAUACCAAAAUCACAGUGGAUGUUGGCUCACCAAAAAACUAGUGUUGGAGAGGCAGAAGUGAAGACUUGGAAGCUACCAGGAUAUCUGAUCCAUAGGAUUUUUAUAUGUACUGUUUGUACAGUCAGAAUGAA